AUGGAGUCACGUUUUCGGGUCAACCACUGGCUGUUUAAGCUCCUAUGCUUGUGUGGCUUUUUGAUAACUGUAGUGUAUAUAACGAAGCAACCAUCUAUUUCAUCCGAUACGAUGAUACGAAACGAUACGAUCAUAUACAAAAUCCAGCGAUUUCGCCAGACUUGGAGAUGGCGUACUUUCGCCAAGUCACAACUGCAGCAGUACUUUGUGAAUACAUCAAAGUGCCAGAUCCGCUACGUGGAUCCCUUCAACGAAGAAGUGAUGGAAAUAUACAACCCGCCAACCCUAGUCACUUGCUCAAAUCAAUCCGAUCUCAUUACAACCAACUACAAUGAAAGGCGGAAGCGCCAUUAUUUGCAUAUCAACGAUGAAGUUGCCCUUAGAUUACUGAACUUCAUCGACAUGGAAUACUACUGUUUUUACAGGGAAAUCGUAUACGGAAGUAAAGCAGAUACCUAUGACAAACUCGGGGAAAAGAUGAACUUUACCAAUGGAUAUGAGGUGCCUCUGCAUGUGGAGGGAAUGAUCGUCGAGUGCCAGACGGUUGAGGAUCCGAUAAAGGUCCUUCAGAAGGAUGCAUUUACGUUCGUCCAACAUCGUCCGAUGUCCAAGGAACUCGAAAAACCGAAAGGCCCCCGAAAGCCAAGUGUCAUAAUGUACGGCAUCGACACUCUUUCCCGGAUUAACCUAAGGCGCACUAUGCCUAAAGUCUUUAAGUUCCUUCAGGGUCCUGGGUGGUAUGAGAUGCAGGGAUACAACAAGGUGGGCGACAAUUCAUUUCCCAAUAUACUCGCCAUUCUCAGUGGAUAUUCGGAAAGUACGGCCAAGCAACAGGUGUGCGAUACUAACAAAGCGGGCUGCUUGGACGAAAUGCCAAUGAUAUGGAAAUACUUCAAGAACGCCAGCUAUUUAACGGGCUAUGCAGAGGAUGAGAGCGACUCGAAUCAUUUUACCUAUUUGAAGCCCGGUUUCUCAAAAAAACCCACGGACUUCUACUUUCGCCCAAUGCUACGGGCUCUGGAGACCGAAUUGGAUGUGUACCGAUUGCCCUACAUGCGAUAUUGUUUGGGCCGUAGAAUUGCGAAUCGUUAUGUUUACGACUAUGGACGCCAGUUUACGAAGCGCUUCGUUCACGAGCGACCCAUUUGGGGUAUGUUCUGGUCGAAUCACUUCAGUCACGAUGAUCCCUUUAUGCCUUCGUCCAUGCAGGAGAAGGUUCUCGGGGAUCUACUCGACUUCCAAGAGGACGGGGACUUGGAGGAAAUGAUUAUGAUAUUCUUUGCCGAUCACGGUACCAGAUUUGGUAGGUUAACAGAGCUGCAGGAGGGAUUCCUGGAGGAGCGGCUGCCCAUGAUGUUCAUCCACCUGCCUCCCUGGUUCCGUGAGACGUAUCCUUCUUAUGUGCAGGCACUAGAACUAAAUCAGCACAGGCUCAGUUCCAACUUUGAUCUGCACAAUACACUGAAGCACAUCAUCGAGAUUGGAGGUACCCCAGAUGGCCCGAAACUACCCAAGUCCUUCGACUGCCCCACCUGCCAGUCGCUGUUCCAUCCUCUGCCGGAGGAUCGCACCUGCCCACAGGCGGGCAUCGAGGAGCACUGGUGCACCUGCGAACCCUACAGAAUUAUCACAGGACAGGAGUGGACGACUCCCAUUGCCCAUAGUGUGAUCGAUCGGAUGAACGAAUAUUUCGUGCAGAAGAAGCUCAAUCGCCUUUGCAGCAAUCUGACGCUGAACUAUAUCCACAAGACUGAGAUCAAAUCGAGUAGGUACGCAGAGCGGAAGAAAGUGGAGACCGCCGAAUACCAUAUCAAGUUUAGAGUCAAGCAGAAUAGUGCUGAUUUUCAAGCCACCGUUUUGUAUAAUAAUCGCACUCAAAAAGCAGAAGUGGAUGUUGAGAAAAUCAGCAGAACGAACUCAUACAAGGAUGAUUCUACCUGCAUCAAUGACAAGCUUGCCAAGCUGUAUUGCAUUUGCAAAAGUAAUCUUAAGAAAAAAUCGUAA